AUGAUGAAAUUAUUCCUUUUAGUCACGAUAAUCAAUUCAUUAUUUCAUGUCGGUCUUUCAAAAAAUAUCGAUUGCUUAUUUCGAGUUGAGAAUCGAAAUAUUAUGGGAUCAGCAUACACAUGUAAAGUUGAUAAUAAGCUUAAUAUAAUUUCUCAAAGCACUGCACUUGUAAAAUCUGUAGCAGGUGAUCAUAAGAAUGGAAAGAAUAAUGACGAUGUUAAGGCUCUUUGCGUGGACAAUAGAAAUACUCUUUACUUUCCAAAAGGUUUAGAAAAACUGUUUAAAAAUUUGAGGAGAAUUCGGAUUGCUUAUGGUCGACUUAAAGAAAUUAGUCAAGCUGAUUUUCAACCAUUUCCUUGGUUAAUGGAGCUUGCAUUGCAUGAAAAUGAUAUUAGAGUUUUAGAAAAUGGAAUUUUCGAACGUAACCUCAAUUUAGCAUACAUUAAUCUAGUAGAUAAUAAGAUUACUCAUGUUGGGAAUAAGGUAUUUGAUCAUUUGUCUAAAAUGACUACACUGCAUAUUACUAAAAAUGACUGUUUAAGCAAAACCCCAUUGAAUAAUUCGAUGACAAUCAAGGAAAUUCAAAAAAUUGUUGAAAAAAACUGCAAAAACUCUGAAUUUUUAAAGUUGGAGAACACUUUGAUAACCCUUGAAGAAGAACAUCGAUUUGUCAAUAAUGAAACCUUCCAAAAUUUCACAUCAAAAGUGGAAAAAUUCAAAGAGGAUCUUCAAAAUUCAAUUUUCUCAGACCUAAUGUCAUUAAGUGAAAGGACCAGCGAUUUAAAUCAACAAGAAAACUUGAGUUUUUGGCUCCUUAAAGAUAAAGUUGAAUAUUCAGAAAGAACUAUAAAUGACCUAAUCCAACAGAAUCAAAACUCAAAAGUGCAAGUGAUCCCUAAAAUCUUUUUGCUAAUUUGCUUUCUUGAUUUAACAAAUUUGGUUCAUAUUGACUGCACCUACACUAUAAAAAUUCGUAAAAUAUUAGGCAACACCUACAAUUGUGAAACUAAGAAUAAUCUCGAUAUAACAUCUUCAGAGUCAUCAAUCAUCAGUUCUGUAACUGGUGUACAUGAAGAAGGAAAGACAAUAAAUGAUGUGACAACUUUUGGUGCUAAGAAUAAAAAAAUUUCAAGCUUCCCAAAAGAUUUAGAAAAGUUCUUUAAAAAUCUUGAAAGAAUUAGAAUAUCUGAAGGGCGUUUAAAAGAGAUUUUUUAUGAUGAUUUAAUGCCGUUUCCAUUAUUAACAGAACUAAGCUUAAAAGAAAAUGAUAUAGAGAUCGUGGAAGAUGGAAGCUUUGCUUACAAUCCAAAAUUGGAAUAUUUAAAUUUUGAAAACAAUAAGAUUGUUCAUUUUGGUGCUAAUGUAUUUAAUCAUUUAAUUAAAAUGAAGAUAUUAAAUCUUAGUGGAAAUACUUGCGUCGAAAUUAGUGCUUCAAAUUCUAUUGCAGUAGAGAAACUUAUUCGUCAGAUUAAAGAUACUUGUAAAAAUUCAGAAUUUUUGGAAUUGGAGAAAAAUUUGACAAAGUUUGAGUUUAAGCUUCGAUACAUAAAAUCGUCAAGUUUUGAAAAUUUCAUAAAUGAAGUUGAAACUUUUAAAACAAGCUCCUUAAAAUUUAAGAACCUUUCAUCCAUAAGUAAUAGAAUUGAUGACUUGUAUGAAAAGAAAGGGAGAAGCUAUUGGAUAUUAAAUGAUGAAAUCAGUCAUACAAAGAUGACAAUAAGUGAAUUAAAGGCACAGUUGAGUCAACAAAAAAUAAGUAUUAUGUCAGAUAAGAAUAUUUAUGUACAGCAAGCAUAUUUCAAGUGGAAUAUUGAUCCAGACAUUGGUAUCAACCCAAAGCUUAUUUCCAGCAAUGAUAUUCCAGCACUAGCUCUGACUGUUUGCUCACCUGUUGCCAUACAAGAUGGAUUUGUCAAUUCCCUUGAAUAUUUUCUACAGUAUAUAAACUUUGCUGAUGAUGGCAGAAAGAAAGUAGCACCAAAGAAACUAACGAUAAAGGAGAAAAAUUAUCUUGCAGCCGUGUCUCAAGCCUGUGGAAGCUAUUUCACAUCUUAUGGACUAGAAAAUGAUACAAUGGGACGAGAUGAAAAAGACAUCAUAAAGCUUUUAAAUGAAGCUAGUGUAAGAAUAAAUGACACAUUUUUUCUGUGUGUGAAACAACUUGAUAAAGUCAACUGCGAAGAUGUCUUGAAACUUAUUUUGACGCAUUAUGGCUUCUGCUACACCCACAACAUGAUCGAUUUUUAUGAGAUUUUCAAUGAAGAUGUCAUAAGCUCUGAUUUUGAUUCCUACAAGCUAAAAUCGUCAUCAUACAUACCAAAUCAAUGGACAUUAAAUCGAGGAUAUCAAACACCUGAAGGCAUCUUUCCAGAUCGUGCUGCCUAUGGGAAUUCUUUUAAGCUUCUCAUGUCCAUUAAUGAAUCAAAUACUGAUCUCUGUAAGGAACGUCGUGAAGGGUUUAAAGUUACAUACCACUUACCUAAUGAGAUUCCGACAGUCUUUCAUGAUCAUGACUAUAUUGGAUUUCAAAGGAAACUCAUUGUCGAAAUAAAACCACAAGUUUAUUCAGUGGAUCCAACAUUACAAAAAUUCUCAGUUGAUAAACGUAAAUGCUAUUUUGAUGGAGAACGCAAGCUGAAAUUUUUCAAAGCUUACACAAAAGUUCAAUGCAAUUUGGAAUGUCUAACAAACUAUACGCUGCAUACUUGUGGAUGUGUGCAGUUCUCAAUGCCACGUACACAAAACACACCUAUUUGUGAUAUAGACAUGAUGAAAUGCUUUCAAAAUGCAGCUAGGAAUUGGCCAAAAAAUGAUCCUAUGUCAAAUAAUUCGAUUGCCCCUUGUGAAUGCUUUCCGCCAUGCCGGGACAUUCGUUAUGAAAUUGCAGGUAAAACACAUGAUCUGAGUGAGAAGAAUUCGUUGACUUUAAAGCAUUAUCAGAUAGGGAACAACACCCCUAAGCUAUUCUCGUUGAUUCAUAUAAAGUACUCUAAAUUUCAAGUUGAAGAAAUGGAAAGUUUUGUGGUCUACAAACUUCAAAAUUUUGUUGCUGAAUGCGGAGGGCUUCUUGGUCUAUUUAUGGGAAUAUCCUUCAUGUCAAUUAUUCAGAUGAUCAUAAAAGCUAUUGAAAGGAUCAUUACAAAAGAUAAUGAAGAAUUUAAUAAGGAAGACAUAACUGAAAAAGAAAAGAAUGUUUUAAGUCCUGAAAGAUCUAAAAGCAAAUAUGAAUACAAUUUGUCGCAUGGAAUGAGAAUGAUUAAACCAGCAGCAAAAAAUCAGUCAUCCAUCUAUAUUACUCCAUAUUCAGUUGCUAAGUUCACGCCAGUACAAAUAUAUGGACAGGCGGGUUCAAAAGUAUCAAGCUACAGCAAUUGA